UUCCUUCCACAUUGCGAUUUUUAGUCAAAGGGAAUUAUGAAAUAAAUAUGCAGCUAUUAGAGAUAUCAUAAAUUCAGUGGGAAAUACAUUAAGUAGUUCGGAAAGAAACCAAAAAAGAAAACGAUCAUGUCCCAUUCAAAGUACGCCUCUACACCACAAACAACAAACUUAGCACGUAUCUCCCGCCUGAUUCUGGGCCCCUGUGCUGACGUCAUGAGGGAUGUGCUCCUGAAGGAGAUCCCAGCAACGGACCUGUCUAAAGCCGUUAAAACUUGGUUAAAGACGCAGAAGAGGAACCCCCUUAAUGUUUCACAAACUGAAUUAAUUUUCCCGCCACCUUCAAAAAUCUACACUGGAGAUUAUUCAAAUUUGGAUAUAACCUUGCUCUAUACUCUCUUGCGUAAUGUGACUAAGCUACCGGCACACAAUCAAGGUUGGGGUAAUGAUCCUGACCCUACAGACAGAAGUGUAUCGGCAAGUAUGGAGCGAAUAAGGUUCAUCAGAAACAAACACUACGGACAUGCUGUAGAUAUAGGUAUACCUGAUGUCGAUUUCCAACUUGAGUGUAUGAACAUUCGCAAAAUUGCCGAAGAUGUUGAUAUCUGUUUUGGCGUUUCAAAACAUCAACAAUCGGUGGAUUUUAUCAAGACCGAAAAAAUGGACCCGCAACAGGAAAUCAAAUGGAUAAAAAAGCUUACAAUAUUAGAGUCACUGGUCUCAGAUGUAGAACAAAACGCCGAAGAAAUACAGAAACUGAAAGGUAAGUCAUCGUACUGAAUACAGAG